GUCACAUGACAAAAACAUGGCGACCCAUCUGAGUGUUGGAAGAAUAAAUGUUUCAAAACUUCGUGAGUCCUAUCGUUCAAGAUUAAAAAGAUGUUUGGAAUGUUGCGAAGGGACAAAAGCUAUAGUUUGGGACGAGUCUCUCAUGGGUCCCUUCGAUCUUAUUGCCGAAAACACUCUUCUAAAAGAUUGCGAGGUAAUCAUUAUGUGGUCGCUGAGAGCACCCCUCCCAUCAGGACCGGCUGUUAGGAACAUUAUUUUUUUCGUACGUCCAAAUAUUUCACUCAUGCAAACUAUUGCCAGAUGCAUACUUGGCAACGAUACCUCCAACCCUUUUGAAGAGGUGUCUUAUCACUUGUUCUUCGUUCCUAGAAAAAACGAAUUAUGUAUUAGAAAAUUGGAAGAACUACGAGCUCUUGAAAGCUUCACAAACGUAGGAGAUUUUCCUCUGGAAAUGCUACCUUUAGAUUACGACCUCUUGUCAUUAGACUAUUCGUCUUGUUUUGCCGAUUGCUUUAUAAACAACGACUAUAAAUCUCUCCAUUACGUAGCUAAGAGUUUGAUGACUCUACAAGAACUUUAUGGUACCAUUCCAAAUGUUUAUGGCAAGGGAGCGAGUGCUGGUCAUGUAUGGGAUAUACUAAAAAGAAUGACAAGGGAAUAUAACAUAAGCGAUUCUGGAAAAAGUCAAAUAGAUAACCUACUUCUCAUUGACAGAUCAGUUGACGUUCUUAGUCCUUUACUAAAUCAAUUAACCUAUGAAGGUUUAAUCGACGAAAUACUAUCGAUUAACAAUACUAUCGUUCGCCUUCCAUCAGGUGGUGAUAAGGGAAAAGUCAUUUUAAAUUCUGGUGACAAAGUUUUUUCGGAUAUAAGAGAUAAAAACUUUCAUAGCGUUGGAGCUUAUUUGAGUAAACAAGCCAAAUUAUUAACGUCACAAAGUAACGAAAGACACGAAGCUAAAACUGUAGAAGAUAUGAAAAAUUUUGUUAUGAAAUUACCACAUAUACAAGCCGUUAAGUCUUCUUUAAGUUUACAUACGAACAUUGCUCACAUUAUCCAUCAGGAAGUUCAUUCUCAUGAUUUCAUAGAAUGUUUGGACGUUCAACAACAAUUUUAUAUGGGUUCUCAUUCGGAUAAGCCACAUGAAAUUAUUGAAAAGUAUAUAGCUAAGAGAGUGUCUCUAAAUAAAGUUCUACGUUUAAUUUGUAUUCAAUCUUAUUGUUCAAAUGGAUUAAAACCGAAAGUAUUUGAACAAUAUAAACGAGAUAUUCUUCUAGCCUAUGGCUUUGAGAAUAUUAUAACUCUACAAAAUUUAGAAAGAGCUGGCCUAAUUAAAGUUCAUACAUCAAAUUUAAAAACGUAUUCAACAUUGAGGAAAACUUUAAAAUUAACUGUUGAAGAUGUUAACAUUCAAAAUCCUAAAGAUAUAUCUUAUACGUAUAGUGGUUAUGCUCCUUUAACGGUUAGACUGGCACAAUUUCUUCAUAGACCCGGUUGGAGGAGUAUUGAAGAUGUUUUGUCACAUAUACCUGGACCAACAAUUCAAGAAGUUCAAGUUGCAAAUAAUCCAAGCUCUUUCUCAUCUUCCCAGCCAAAGUGUACUCUAGUCUUUUUUAUUGGUGGUGUAACUUUUGCUGAAAUUGCAGCUUUAAGAUUUCUCUCUCAAUUGGAUGAUGCUCCUGCCGAAUACAUAGUCGCUUCAACAUCAAUUAUAAAUGGUGACAAUUGGAUGAAAUCUCUUUGCCAUACUUUAACUCCUGUUCCUCGGAGUUUAAAUCCCUUUGACUAG